AUGAUGAACCGAACAUCAGCGCCUCCUAGAGGUCCGCGAAACUCGUCUUCAAGUACAAGAGGUGGUGGUCGCGUGGGUGGUGGUGGUAUCACAAAACGACGAGCUGGUCCUAUUCGAGUCGAUAAAGAUGGAGAUUUAGAUAUGGAUACUACGACAGGCGCAAACGGUCGCAAAGGGGGAAAGGGUGCUAUCGGAGGUUCUGUUCCAACUGGACCACGCGGACAUGGACGGGGAGGUGCAAGAAACACUGGCCGUGGUGGAGGAAGACUCGACGUCACACGAAAUCCGCAGGCCAUCCUUCGAGGAAUGGGAUCGCAAUCGCAACAAGCCAACGUAUUGGUUACUCUCUGGAUCAAAGGAUUGAAAGGGAGUAAAGCAGCUUCAAAUAGUGACCAAGGCCUCUCGUCCCUAGUAUCAUUCCUCGAACGCAAGGCCACAGCAUUGGACUCCAAAUCGAAGAGAAGUAUAAGAGUUAAAAAGUCACACAAGAAAGGUGACGUCGUUGUUAUCUCAGUUGCCCCGGAAGACGCAGCCUCUAUUAUGAAGCUGGAUGGUUUCGCAUUUGCUGGAUCAACAAUUGGCGUACAAGAUAGCGAGCCAUCGAAGACGUCGGAGAAGGCGGAGUCUGAGGAGGCUCGGUUAACUCGAGAGAAGAUUCAGGGAGUUCUUGCAGCUCGAUACGAUCCCAACCUUAAGCUUUUAAAUCUCUCGGCUUUGGGACAAGACGAGCAGUUGAAGCAGAUGGGAAUGUUUGAAGACAACACUCUUGUCUCGAAACUUUUCCCAGUUUUGAUGGUCAUCUGCGACAAAUUAUUCACCACUCCACAAGCUAAGAAGGAUGCCAUAGUCAGUGUCACUUUGACCGACAACUCAUUGGCCGAUCUUUCAAACGUCACCUCCUUGGCUUCAACAUUUCCAGACUUAAAGAACCUGGAUCUUUCCAGAAAUCAGUUCGCCGAUCUGGAAUCCCUGAAAUUAUGGCGCUGGAAAUUCCGUCACCUUGAAAACCUAGUUUUAUCGGGCAAUCCUAUAGAAACCCUCGUUCCAGAUUACGCAACCGACAUUGUACGCUGGUUUCCGGAACUUCAACAGUUGAGUGGUGUCCAGGUCAGAAGUGUUGCUCAAGUCCAUGCAGAUCUUGAGGCUAUUAAAUCACCAUUUCCAAUCGCCAGCCCAUCUUUCCGAGAUGUCGCACAAGUUGGGGAAAACUUCGUAAGGCAAUUUUUCGGAGCAUACGAUAAUGAUCGCAAUGCCUUACUCACUAAUUUCUACGAUGCCGAGUCUUCUUUCUCACUAUCUGUCAAUAUGUCAGCAGUUCGAGACCGCGAUCAUUCAUUGCCUGUCCCACCAUGGGCAGCGUACAACAAAUUCAAUCGAAACCUUGUCAAAUAUACACAUUUGUCUACUAGAUUAUCUCGAAAAUCUACUGGGUCUCAAGAAAUUCAAGCCACCUGGAACGAUUUACCUAAAACAAUUCACCCCGAGAUCGCCACCCGACCCGAACUAUAUCUUGUCGAAUGUCAACCGCUUCCAGGUCUUCCUGAUCCUUCUGGGCAGAGUGCCGCUGGGGUUGACGGUCUUCUCAUCGACGUACACGGUGAAUUUGAGGAGAAUAUUCCUAAUUUUGAAGGCAAAGCUCUCCGUAGCUUUUCGCGGUACUUUAUACUCGGACCCGGAGGGCCUAAUGGUCCCCCUAUCAGGGUUCUUAGCGAUAUGCUUGCGCUUAGGGCUUGGAGUCCUUUGGCUCAGACGACUGCAGUUCAAGGACCUCAGCCGGUUCCAGUACUUCCAAAUGUUCCUCAGGUUCCUAUUGUCGAUGCUUCACUCACGCCUGAGCAGCAACAAAAGAUAUGCGCCGAGAAACUUUCCGCUGAGACAGGCAUGAAUUUACAAUAUUCGGCCAUGUGCUUAGCAGAGACAGGAUGGAAUUUAGAACAGGCCUACAUUGCUUUCCAAGCCAACAAGGCGAAUUUACCAGCGGAGGCGUAUCAAAAGCCAUAG